UAGAAUGAAUAACAUUUAGGAGGUAAAGUAACUUAAUUUAUUAUUGAGUAAGUAAUUCAGAAGAAAUACACGUCAAAAGUCUCCAAAAGCUGUCGGUACCCUAAACGAAUUUCACGAGCCACAAUAUCUCAUGAACAGUUUUGCCGAAUCCGCUGUUCGUUUCUAGGCGAUUCAAGACAGCAUACUGUGUUAUCGAUUUCGCACCCAGAUCCAUCUAGAGACUACAACCGGCAUAUAAAAGAGCGCACUAGCGACUAGUUGGCUGGAGUGAAAUACGAAGCUUUUGAAUUUGUGUACGAGAAAAACGAAGUGAAGUGAAAAAUUUGUAUAAAAUGAGUACGACAAAACAAAUUUUUCUUGCCAUUUUGUUGUUCCAGUUCCCUUUCUUGAAGAAAGUUGUUGGUGAAAAUGAACAUUGUGACACCCCUUCGAGAAAUCUUUUUCGGCCGUCUAGGCUUUUAGACCAACAUUUUGGUCUGGUGUUAGAUCCGGAUGAUUUCUUCGAGCCCUUAAUUCUUCCGAGAUGGUUGUCUAGAAGCACCACGGGAUAUUUAAGGCCGUGGAGAUCGGAAGCAUCGCGAGGAGACUCCGGUUCUACAGUGAGUUUUGAUAAAGACAAAUUCCAAGCUAAUUUGGAUGUGCAACAAUUUAGACCAGAUGAAAUUUCUGUAAAACUCGCUGGCGACAACACGAUAACAAUAGAAGGUAAACACGAAGAAAAACAAGAUGAGCAUGGAUAUAUCUCCAGGCAUUUUAUCAGAAAGUAUACAUUACCCAAGGAUGCUGACACCAGUCGAAUAGAGUCCAAAUUGUCGUCCGAUGGUGUAUUGACCGUUUCCGCUCCGAUUGAUGUGAAAGAGAUCGAUCAUAAGGAGAUCCCAAUACAACAGACAGGAGAACCAGCGAAACGGAUUGAAAAUAAGGAUAGUUCAGAGAAUAAAAAACGUGUCGACUUGUAGAUAGUUAAUUUUUUU